ACAAGUGCAUUGUUGUAAACCAAAAUUGUCUGCGAGAGUGCACCGGAGUUACUGCGCACGACGCCUGGUCCCGUGGCGCAUUGUUUUGUGAGUCGGAUGCAUCCUUCUCCAUCGUCUUGUCAAGCCUUCACACGUUUAGUUGCGGAGUUACUGCGCAGGGCUUUGAGUGCCGAAGUAGUUCCAGAGAGAUGCUCCGGAGUCUUGUCUUCUCCCACAUCACAAAGAGGACGCUCAUCUGCACACCGCACCGUCGCUUCUUACUACUGUGCCCUGUGACAGGCUCGCUGUCGCGUUGGAGCGGUGUUGCUCGGCGUGAUACAUUGGUGCCUGAGAGCUUCAGUCGUACGUUCAGUGCGUCGGGUGGCGUUCACGAGAUGGGCAAAAGGGUGGGCACUCACAAUGGAACUUUUCACUGCGAUGAGGCGCUUGGGUGCUUCAUGAUCCGGCUCACUGACAAAUAUGCGGACGCGCAGAUUGUACGGACCCGAGAUCAGAAGGUCCUGGAUACCUGUGAUGCUGUGCUGGACGUUGGUGGUGCAUAUGAUCCUGCAACCGAUCGUUAUGAUCACCAUCAGCGUGGGUUUAACCAUAACUUUGGGCAUGGCUUUGUUACGAAACUGAGCAGUGCUGGACUUGUUUAUAAGCAUUAUGGACAAGAGAUAGUGGCAAAGGAGCUAGGUUUGAGUGAAGAUCAUCCAGAUGUUCAACGGGUUUUUUUAGCUGUUUACAAAAGUUUUAUGGAGGCCGUUGAUGGUAUUGAUAACGGGAUUAAUUUAUACGACACAGACAAACCCCCCCGUUACUCAAACGAUACCCACUUGUCAGCUAGAGUAGGAAGACUAAACCCUGAUUGGAUGGACGAGCAGACACCAGAAGCCGAAGAUGAGGCUUUCCGUAAAGCCAUGAGUCUUGCUGGUAGCGAGUUCCUGGAGUCUGUACGAUAUUAUGCUAGAUCUUGGUUGCCAGCACGCUCCAUCGUUGCAGAGUGUCUUGCAGACAGACUAAAAGAUGACAGCUCUGGCGAAAUUUUGAUAAUCAAGCACUACUGCCCCUGGAAGGGACACCUAGCGGAUCUUGAAAAGGAGUUGAACAUAGAUCCAACCAUUAAAUAUGUACUCUACGAGGAUGGUCGAAGCAAAGGAUGGAGAGUGCAAGCAGUAUCAUUGACUCCAGGAUCAUUUGAAAACCGGCUGCCACUGCCUGCUGUAUGGCGAGGUCUGAGAGACGACGAGCUCUCAAAAGAGUCCGGAAUUGAUGGAUGUGUGUUUGUUCACAUGAGUGGCUUUAUUGGUGGGGCUAAAACGUUUGAGGGGGCGCUUGCGUUGGCCAGAAAAGCUUUAGCAAUGCGAGAUGCUCAGACUGUGUAGGUCUCAUUAUGUCUUUCACAGACGUGAGAGAAUUUGUUUGUUUUGGUGCUCUCUUCCUAUUGAGCACGUCUGCUGUGUCAGGAAAACUCACUUUUUAAAGGGAGCUCACGUGACCCAGUGCUGUGUUAAAUGGGUUCUCUAAUCUUUUGAUGGGAGCUUCUAUCCCCGCUAUCCAGCCCAUCAACCCUGUCAACACACUUAA